UCUCGGUGCUGAGUGGUGUUUGUAUGAGACUUCCAGAGCUGCCAGCCAAAGCAUCGGUGCCGUUUAAAGGCUGUUGAGAUGAGCAGGGUGGCCUAGGUGAUGGAGCAUUGCACUAAGGCUCUGGAAACCUGCGUUUUGUUCCUAGCUGUGCCACUGGCCUGCUGGGCAACUGUGAGCACCCAUGUCCCCUCUGUGAGCCUCAGUUUCCUCAUUUGUAAAAUGCGGAUAAUGACACUCACCUGCAUUGUAAAGCACUUUGAAGUGUUUUGCUGAAAAGCUCUAUAUUAUGAGCAAUGUAUUUUAGCAAAGUGCAAAGUUUAUUUCUCUCCUCUAGUCCCGAAUUGCUUUUUCUUUUUGAGAUCAGGUAUCAUGGGUCCAGAGCAAGGAGUUGCACAGGAGGAAAAUGUCAUCCUGAUAAGUGAUGAUGAAGCUGAGAGUCCUCUCGGGAACUCAGUCCUGUUAGUUGAACCAUUGCAAAAACCUAUUCUGGAAGACAAGAAAGCUGAAGAAAUUGUGGAUGAGGAAUGUGAACUAGUAGUUACUUUCUGUAAACAAGGGAAAGUGAUGCCUCAUGGAAGAUAUGACUGUAUGACACACCCAUUUGAGCGAGCAGAGAGUGAAACACGUUCACCCCUUGAGAACAAUGCCAAUAUCUGUGAUCAGUGCUACUGCUACAUUUGUGAUAAGCUAGCUUCUGAGUGCCAAAACUGGACAGCUCCUUCUCACUGUCACUGCAAUGCACAUAACAAAAGCGCAUUCUGGAGAGACCAGCGUGGUUUGGCCUUGGCUGGUGUUCUCGUGAUGUUCAACUUGGAGCUCACAGAUAUAGAUGCAGACCUUCGACAUGGUGGAAACCUUCUGAUAAAGUUUAUUCAUGAACUUUCAGUGGAAUAUAACACAUAUCUGGUUGGUGAGAGAGUGUCUCCCAAUUCACAUGAAUGUUUCUGUCACCCAAAGCGGGGACCUGGGAAAUGUAAUAUCUGCAGACAGCGCCAUGUGGAGCUUAUAUACAGAUAUUCUGGCGUUUUUGCACUGGUGACAACAUUUUUAAAUCAGGCAGAAAAAGAGAAUCCUAAAGCUGCUGCUGUCAUGCUCCUGGGAGCAGCCAAAGAAAUAGCACUUCAUAAGGACCCUGCUCAGAACUUGCAAAAUCUUGGUGUCUCUGAAUCUUUGAGGAUGGCUGUACCUUGUCUAAUGGAAAGGAUUACAACACAACUUCAGAGGAUGCUCGUGCUGUGUGAAUUUCCAAAAGUUUUAUAUGAAAAAUUCAUUAGUUUUUUCCAGGCUAUCUCACUUCCCUGUCACUGCUAUGCCUUCUCAAAUAGCCUAAAUGUGGUGCCAUGGGAUCAUGGAUUACUGACAACUGUCUUAAAAGGCCAGAACAUCACUGGUCAAAGAACACAGAAAGGAAAGAAAGUAUUUCUGUGGGAAGUACUUCCUGUCAUACAAGCUCGAGUAGAAAAAAUGGAAAACCAGGGACAUUAUAAGGAAAUAGUUCGCUACUUGAAAGCUGUGAAAUGCAAUGACAUUCUAGGGUUAAGAAAGCUUAGAGAUAAAAUUCCAUUCUACUUGUGCAAAAGUGGAGACUUCGUUAGUGCUGUACAUUCAUUGUUGCUUCCCUUCAAUAACCUUGCAUGCUGUACCGCCUGCCGGAUAACCCCUUUCCAGUUUGAGAUCUACCUAAAGAUGUUCAGAACUGGGAGUGUUCCCUGUGGAAAUAAUUUUCAUGACCCUGGAGAGUGGACUUCAAUUGGCAAGUAUUAUUCGUUGAAAUGCUUCUUGCUUCUAUCCAUUUGGAGCAUGGGAUAUUUAAGCACAAUAGUCAUGUCCUGUAAACAUUCUGUAGCUGGUUCUCCUGUGAAGAACUCCGUUCUAAUUAAGCAUGCACUCAAACUCCUUUACUGCAAUCUGUCAUUAUACAGAAAUCCAAAAUGCUGGAGCUCCCUCAUCAUGGUUUUGGGUAGUAGCGCUACUCUGGAGAAAAAUGGGCAUCUAAAUGCUGUCUCAUUGAAAGAGCCACCACAUGAUUUCCAAGAGAUGGUGGUGUCUGUAUCGUGCGUUCUUCUAAAUGAACUGAAGACAAAAGUCAAUGUUUCUCUGCCAUCAAAUGUUUUUUCUGGUCCUUUACAGCUUGAGGCUUAUCUUAUCCUCACAGUGCAAGCAGUGCAGCAGAUGCUUCUAAAUGACCUUACAUAUUUGAGUUCCUUUCUGGAAAUAACACUGGCUUUCGGGAAUAACUUCUGGGCUCUGAGGUUGUUAUUAAAUGGCCUUUCCUGUGAAGAACACAUUCUCCAUGGCACUAUUAACUUGCUUCUGAGAGAUCUGAAUUUUCAGAAGGCAACAAUGUUGCAUCUGUGGAAAAAACUUGGUCCUCAAUAUGUAGGCGAACUGCUCUGCCUGUACCUGACUUGCAGAAAUAGAAAGAUGCAGUCCAUUGGCAUCUUCAUCAUCCAUUUAAUUAGCGAGAACCUGUAUAGGUGUCCAUGGGCGAAGCAUCUUUGCAACUUCCUGAACACAGGAUUACGGAAGCUGCCUCUUGGUACCAAGACUGAUCGUGAAGUUGCCAAGUUCAUAGCUGUUUUGGAAAAAUUGCGCAUGCUCUAGCAGUUCUCUGCAAUCUGGCUUUCAUGGAAUAUAACUUAACAUACCUACAGGGCUGCUUAUUUUAUGAAAGUGCUGAGAAAGCAACAGACAUGUUCUGUACCAUGACACAGGCAUGCUGAUCUGUGAUGUCAGCAGCAGAGGACUUUCUGAGGGAGCAAACAGCUCCUGGAUAAAGGUAACUGUUCAUUCAUGGUCCUGCAAAAAUUUAUGAUGAUAGUGUGCGCCCUUUGGGAUCCCUCCUGUAUGUGGCAUCUAAUUAUGUGUGUGAACCACUUGUUUUGAUUAGCACCUCCACUCUCCAUUUUCCUGGAUUUCUCCAAUACCAAGUGCUCAUACAGAAACUAGAAAUGAUUCUAAUGCUGUAAAUUAAUAGCUAAUUUGUAAAGAGAAAUUUUAACUUUCAGGUGUGUCAGACUCAGCUGGUUUUUGAUGUAUUGCAGUUGAUGGCUAUUUGACGGGUGCUAACGCGUCUGAGUUACUUGAAUUGCUCUCAUAAUUGUAGUUUAACAAUUGACUUUAAAACUGGAUGUAGAACUAGAGAAAUAUAAUUCAGUAGAAAGUACAGUCUGACUACAAUCUCUUUGACAUCUUUCCAUGUUGGGAGUGAAGGGGAAGAAAUGUUGACAUGUCCAUGUAUUUUAUUUUGCACAUUUAAGGCUUAUACUGGCUUUUUACUGCUUCUUUGUGCCAAGUUCAGCUAAAUUAUUUUCUUUACAAAAACCACUUUUUUAUUGAAGUUUUGUCUUUUUUAAAAAAAAGUGAAAAUGUGGAUCUAAACCCCUUGUAUAAAGCGUUAAAUAAAUGGUAACUAUUGUA